CCGCCUGCUCUCGCCAUGCCAUCCGGAGGAGGCUCAGAGUCCGGCCAGGCGAGCCCCAGCAUGGCACGGCGUCCCGGGCUCGCUCUGCUGGCCCUGCUGGGGCUGGGGCUGGGGGCGAGGGGCUCACCCGCCUGCCAGGACCCCCAUGGCCAGCCCCGCCGCUGCAUGCCCGUCUUUGAGAACGCUGCCUUUGGCCGGGCCGCCCAGGCCACCAACACAUGCGGUUCCCCCCCUGAGGACUACUGCCUGCAGAUGGGCGCCCGCCACGCCAACGCCCUGUGCCACCGCUGUGACGCCACCGACCCCCGGCACCACCACAACGCCUCCUUCCUCACCGACUUCCACAGCCAGGAGGAGAGCACUUGGUGGCAGAGCCAGUCCAUGGCCUUCGGCAUCCAGCACCCCAAUUCCGUCAAUAUCACCCUCCACCUGGGCAAAGCCUACGAGAUCACUUACGUGCGGCUGAAGUUUCACACCAGUCGCCCCGAGAGCUUCGCAAUCUACAAGCGCAGCCACGCCGAGGGGCCCUGGGUGCCCUUCCAGUACUACAGCGCGUCCUGCGAGAAGACCUACGGGAAGCGGCAGCGGCACUACCUGCGGCCGGGGGAGGACGAGCAGGUGGCUUUCUGCACCGACGAAUUCAGCGACAUCUCCCCACUGAGCGGGGGCAACGUGGCUUUCUCCACCCUCGAGGGACGGCCCAGCGCCUACAACUUCGAUGGAAGCCCCGCGCUGCAGGAGUGGGUGACUGUCACCGACCUGCUCAUCUCCUUGAACCGGCUCAACACGUUCGGGGAUGACAUCUUCAAGGACCCCAAGGUGCUGCAGUCGUACUACUACGCCAUCUCCGACUUCUCUGUCGGCGGCAGGUGCAAAUGCAACGGCCACGCCAGCGAGUGUGCACCGGACGAGGCUGGGCAGCUGGUCUGCGUGUGCCAGCACAACACCGCCGGCACCGACUGCGAGCGCUGCCAGCCCUUCUACCAGGACCGGCCCUGGGCUCGCGGCACCGCCGAGGCUGCCAACGAGUGUCUCCCUUGCAACUGCAGUGGCCGCUCAGAUGAGUGCUUCUACGACUGGGAGCUGUACCGCCGCAGCGGGCACGGGGGCCGCUGCCGCAACUGCCGCGACAACACGGCCGGGCCCCACUGCGAGCGCUGCCGGCAGAACCACUACCGCUGGGAGCAGCGAGCAGCCUGCCAGCCUUGCCACUGCCACCCCGCAGGCUCCCUGCAGCUCCAGUGUGACAGCUCGGGUACCUGCCUCUGCAAAGCCAACGUGACGGGCUGGAAGUGCGAGCGCUGCAAGGACGGCUACCACAGCCUCAGCGAAGGCGGCUGCAGACCCUGCGCCUGCAACCCAGUGGGCAGCGUGGGCACCUGCGACCCCAACACGGGGCAUUGCACCUGCAAGGAGAGGGUGGAGGGGCACUUGUGCGACAGGUGCCAGCUGGGCUGGUUUAACCUGCAUCCCCACAACCCUGCCGGCUGCACCAGCUGCUUCUGCUACGGCCACUCCACCGCCUGCAUGGCAGCAGAUGGCUACGAGGUCACCCACAUCCGCUCUGACUUCAGCCAAGGGCUGGAGGGCUGGGCUGCCGCAGCUCCGGGCACUGCCGACCUGCCUCUGCGUUGGGCUGAUGGGGACAUUGUCACCGAGUGGGAUGGAGAGGAGCCGGUGGAUUUUCUUGCACCAGAGAAGUUUCUGCAGAACCAGCGUCUCAGUUAUGGGCAGCUCCUGUCCCUGCUGCUGGGAGUGGAAGGGAAUGGGAUGGGGAUGGAGACCGGGGUGCUCCUGCUCCAGGUCCAGCUGGUGCUGGAGGGCGAGGGGAUGGAGAUCACCAUGUCCAGCAGUGAGAGCCAGCCCCAGCACGGAAAGCAGGCUGUCACCUUCAGGCUGCAUGAGGCAGAGGAGGGUGCGGAGCCUUCGCUGUCGUCCUUCAGCUUCCAGCGCCUGCUCUCCAACCUGACCGCCCUCCGUCUCCGCGUGAGCCGAGGCCCCGUGCAAGGCCGGCUGUCCCUGAGUGAGGUCCAGCUCACGUCCGCCCGCCCGGGGCCGGGGGCACGGGCGGGCUGGGUGGAGGAGUGCACGUGUCCCUCGGGCUACACCGGGCAGUUCUGCCAGUCCUGCGCGCCCGGCUUCAAGCGGGAGAUGCCCUUCGGCAGCCCCUUCGGCAGCUGCGUGCCCUGCGCCUGCAACCGGCACGGGGACUGCCACCCCAUCACAGGGCACUGCCAGUGCUUGCACAAUACAGAAGGUCCCUCCUGUGAGCGCUGCAGCCCCGGGUUUUAUGGCAACCCCUUCACAGGGCGCUUCGAUGACUGCAAGCCGUGCCCGUGCCCUGGCCGCUCGCCCUGCACCGAGGUGCCCGGCAGCAGGGAGGUGGUCUGCACCCACUGCCCCCCGGGACAGAGAGGAAAACGCUGCGAGCUCUGUGAUGAUGGGUUUUUCGGGGACCCCCUGGGGCAGAGGGGCCCCGUGCACCCCUGUGUCCCCUGCCAGUGUCACGGGAACGUGGAUCUCAACGCCGUGGGAAACUGCGACCCCGUGUCAGGCCGGUGCCUGCGCUGCCUGUACAACACGACGGGCGAGCACUGUGAGAUGUGUCGGCCGGGCUUCUACGGCGACGCGCUGGCUGCCGACCCUGCCGGGAAGUGUGCACCUUGUGAUUGCAACCCCGACGGCUCAGUCCCGGGGCUGGAGGGCUGCGAUCCCGGCAUGGGCCAGUGCCACUGCCUCCCGCACGUGACGGGCAGAACCUGUGGGCUCUGCCAGCCCGGCUACUACGGCCUGCAGCCUGCCGUGGGGUGCAAGAGCUGCGAGUGCCACGCGACGGGGUCGCGGGACAGCGAGUGCCACGCGCUGACGGGGCAGUGCUCCUGCCAGGAGGGCGUCACGGGGAAGCAAUGUGACCGAUGCCACCACGGCUUCUUCAGCUUCUCUGCCAGGGGCUGCCGAGCCUGCAACUGCUCCCCGCUGGGCUCCGUCACCCCGCAGUGCCACGAGAACAGCACUUGCCUCUGCCGCUCUGGCUUCGUGGGCUACAAGUGUGACCGGUGCCAGGCCAACUUCUUCCCCGACCCGCCGAGCUCCGGCUGCCAGCGGUGUCCUGCCUGCUAUGGGCUGGUGAUGGAUAAGGCCGACCAGCUGAAGGCCAGGCUGCAGGAGAUGGAGGAAUGGCUGCAAAAACCAGGCUGCGACGCCCGCCCAGGCCAGUCCCCCAUGCUGGGAGACGUGCCCCGGGGAGACGGGCUGCCCGGCCCUCACCUCCCGCAAGGUGCCCAGGCCGCCCUCUCAACGCGGGUGGGGUGGCUGGCAGAGGCGCUGGGCACCGCACGGGGCCAUCUCAGCAACGCCAGCCAGGCCACCGGCUGCGCCAACCAUGGACCCCCCAAGACCUGCGUCCUGCUGUCAGAGAUCGGGGCCGUGCUGCAGUCGGUGCAGCGGGAGAUCCUGCAUGCUGCGGACACCCUGGCUACCACGGAGAUUCCCCAGAAAAUCCCUCAGCAGCCCACGAACUGGAGCCGCCGGGCGCUGGAGGCACGGGCGCUGGCUGAGAGACAUGAGGAUGCCGCGGCGCAGGUGGAGGCGGUGGUCGGGAGAGCGCUGCGUGCCUCCAACGCCAGCUCCGAGCUCCUGCGGAGCCUGCUGGAGGGGAAUGCGACGCGGGAUGUGCAGCGUGAGCUGGAGGCUGGGUAUGAGGAGGUCCAGCGGGUGCGGGAGGAGCUGGGUGCUGGCAUGGCAGAGGUGGCAGUGGAGACCAGGAGAGCUUUCGCUGCCGUGCAGCAAGCAAACGCAGACAUGGCCAAGAAACUUCUGCAGGUGGCUGCACUGGGGCAGCAGGCGCUGCCGGCGCAGGCUGGAGCCCUGGCACAGGACCUGGCAGCGCUGGAGCAGGCAGCAGGGGCGCAGGAGCCAUCGGCUCAGCAGGCCAUCGAGGCGUCCCGUGCUCUGGCAGCUGAAUUGAGCCAGGAGCUGCAGAGGACUCGCGGCUUCGAGCAGCUGCGGGACCGCGCUGGCUCUGCCCACAGCACGGCCACCUCGGCCAUCUCACAUGGAAAAGCCGUGCUCUCCGACACAGAGUCCCUCCUGGCCAGCUUGGAAGGCAUGAGGAAGGUGCUGGGGCAUCGGAAGGGCCAGGCUGCCCUGAGCAGGAGGAUGGCACUUGUGCAGGACAGGGUGAUGGUGGAUGCCAAGAGGAAGAUUAAACAGGCAGAGAAGAUGCUGGGAAACUCCUUGUCCAUCUCUACCGCAGCCCAGAGGACGGCCAGGGAGGCUGAGCAAAUCUCUGGGGACAGCGCCAAGAGGGCACAGGCUGUGCUGCAGGAGAGCAAGCAGGCCCGCAAGCACGCCAGCCAGCUCGCCAUGCGUGCCAAUGAGAGCCAGCGAGAGCUCUCCCGGCAAGAGCGUGUGGCUGAGAAGCUCAGGGAGGACCUGGAGGAAGCACACCAGGUGGGGACAGAGGUGAGUGAGAUGGCAAAAAGUCUCCAGGAAGCCCGGGGCUCGCUUAUCUCGGACAUCGAGACCCUGAACGACCUGCUGAGCAGCCUAGGCAACCUGGAGCAAGCCACGCAGGUGGAGGCGGUGCUGAGCGCCGGGCGGCUGCAGCUGGAGCGGCUGUGGCUGCGCCUGGCUGCGCCGGACGCCCUGGCCAGCCAGCUCAGCCUGCUGCGACAGGAGGCGGCACGGCAGCGGGAGAAGAUCCAGGCGUUCGAGAGCGACUUGGCCGAGAUCCGAGCCGACAAGCAAAACCUGGAGGACAUUUUGCGGAGCCUCCCCGAGGGCUGCUCGAAGUGGUAGUGACGGGUCCCUGGCCGCUGCCCCAUCACCUCCGUGUCCCACCCGCACAGGGAAUGGCAGAGCGAAGGACACCCUGCGUUCACCAGCAUCGAUCCCUCCUGCUGCUCUUCACGCUGCCCUCCAUACAAUAUUGCACCCCAGGUCCUUAUCUGCACCAGUUCAGGGUCAGCGUCCCGAGUGCUCUGCGGCAUGACUUCAGCCACCAGCUCUGUCCUCGAGGCAGGGGGACAACCAGCUACCAGGGACCAUGGACGUUUCUGUGCAGGAGAUGGAGCCAUCGCAGGGUUUGUCUCUCACCAUGGAGUGAACAAAGAACCGUCACCACCAGGGAGGGACAGCUUAUCAAAUAUGUAAAGUACCAAAGCUGUAACACACGGCAAUCGCUCCUGCCCCAGGAGAUGAGAGAGGCUGUUCCGUGCAUGCUGGAUGCUGGUCCUGCUGCACAGCACCCCAUGGUGUGAUGCUCACAUGCUGUGGUCGCAGAGGUGCAGGGAUGAAUUUUGGGGAAGCCAUGCAGAGAGCUGCUCACCCGAGGGCAUGCGGCUUGCCUGCUUCCCGGGGGAAGGGAGCUUGUGGCAGGGAGGGCAAAUCCGGGGCCAAGCAGGAGCAAAGCUGGACCCUUAACCAGCUCCUGGCAGGCAGGUGGGGCAUCCUCUGCCUGCUGCAGGGAAAGAGCAGCUCUGCUCUUGCUGUUCCCCUGCUCCAGGGUAGCACAAGGUUGCCACUGCUCACAUCUCUGGCCUUCGUGUCCUGUCCCAGCUCCGCUUGGCUGACUGGAUGUCACCAGGUCUGGAUAUAAACCAGCUCAAUUGCCGGCGUUCCCAGCGGCUGAGUGGUGCAGCAAUGCACCGGGCAGGGAGGUGGGAGAGCUGACAGUUGCAGCUGCAUCACCCCACAGCCCCGCAUCAGCACCCACACACCCUCCCCACUGAAGAGGCCUCGAGCUGGCUGGUGGCACCGGGCUGUGCAGCCAGCGCGGGCUGGCCGGGGAGCAGCUGGACAGGGCCAGCUCCUGCCAGUGUCGCUCCCGCUGGGUGGCAGAGGUCGGUGGCUGCAUCGCCUUUAAAGGAAAGGCAUGUGUGUUCACGCCGUGCUCCCAUGCGGGCCAGUCUGUGGGGCCACGCGGGCAGCAGAGCCAGGUCCUUGUUCAGCUCACCCUGCGCCGGCUGUGCCGUGACUCCAGGUAGCAGCUGAAGUCACUCCCACAAGACCAGAAAUGAGUCCCCAGGCUGGAGCUCAGUGCACUUGGUAACCUGUUUUACCUGUGCUCUUCUGCUCACACUCCUGGAAAUCAGGUUUGCUGAAGUCUUUUGUAACGCUGUUAUGUAAAACUGCUGCCAUAGACGUGGGAUCCCCCCAGCGUUGUCUGCGGUGGGUCCAGUGGUCUGGAAGGGACCCGGGAUUUUCCUACCAUCUCCCUCCUAAUUCUGCACAAAAGGUGCCCAAGGAGUGGUGUGCCAGAGCUGCAGCACAGCAGGAGUGUAAUGGCAGGGGCUCCCCUCUCGCUGCCCAAGGACAGCUCUGCAAAAGCAAAACCACGUAGCAGUGAGCACAGCGUGAUUCCGUUUGGCCAAGAGGCAGGGAGCCACAGCCACUUACCAUCUCCCUGGGAAGACAAUUACACAUCUCCAAUCAACACACAAAUUUGCUGCUGUUACAGAAAUGUCAAGCCUUUGCCUUGUGCCUGCUGCUGAAGAUGUGGUUCAUCCUCCCUCCUGCUCUCCCUGGAACUCUUUUUUUUAGCUGGUGACACCUGCCUAGAGCUGUAUCCAUUAAAAAUCCCUAAUAUAA